AUCUUCAUCCUCAUCUGCUGAGUUAUUUGGUAAUUUUCCAUCUACCUUUAUCGUCAUCUCAGCAGUGAGUAUGGGGAAAUCAAUGGUUAUGACUGUUUUUAUACUUGUUGUGUCGCUCAGUUUAUUUAAUUUCCAUGUCUCCUCCGCUAAGCGUACCAUUCUGAUUGGAGAACGUCGAAUGUUACCUAGUUGUACAGACUGCAGAAGAUAUACUUCUGAUCCUACUUGCUGCCAUUUACCACAUCAUCCUAAUUUGUCACCACUCAUGGAGGAGCACUUCUCACCAGAUGAGAAAUCAGUGGAGGAGCAUUUCUCACAGGAUGAAGAAUCAGUGGAGCAUUUCUCAACAGAAGAUGAAAAAUCAUUCGAGCCAGAUGAAAAAUCAGUGGACGCUCGUAUUUCAAAAGCUUGUGUAGAGUGCAUGAGCUAUACUCACAAUCCUUAUUGCUGCUAUAGACCACCACAUUCCUUAUCGAUGGAGCAUUUGUCUGCAGAUGAAAAAUCCGCUUAAAAGAAAAAGCCUAAUAUAAGUAGAAUCUAUUUUGAUAGUAAAAUGGAAUUAAGUAUAGAUAAAUAAAGCCUCCAAUUAUUUUUAUGGAGUUAUAGA